AGCGCUGGAAGGGGAGCGCCUCGCCCUGCCCGCAGGUGCACGUGCACCUCUGCUGGUGUCCUGAGCGCCGCGCCUCCUGGCCGGCUUCUGCCCUCGCCUCGCACGUUCCCAGGGGGAUGACCCCGCUGCUCGGCAAUGUAGCGGGAGGCGUUGGUGUCCUGCUAGAAACCCCUAGAGCGGACCCCGGCUGGAAUACCGCGCUGUUGGCUUUAGCAGAGACAGGUUAAAUCUAUAACAAUGAAGACUGUUGCUGCGUUUACUUCUGGGAUUAUUGUAUUCCUGUUUUCUUUGGUGCAAAGGACCAGUGGACAAUGUAAAGAAGCAGCUAUAAAGUCAGAGAUGAAUGUGAGCAUCAAUUAUCAUCUUCCUCAUUUUAUCACAGAAACGCCAAUACAGAAUAUAGUUUUAUAUAAGCAUCAUAUCUAUAUCGGAGCAGUCAACAAGAUCUAUGUCUUAAAUGAAAAUCUCCAGAACAUUUCUGUGUACAAGACUGGACCCGUGCUGGAGAAUCCUGAUUGUGCACCAUGUGAAGAUUGCAAAGAGAGAGACAAUUUAUCCAAUAGUGUUUGGAAGGAUAAUGUCAACAUGGCUCUGCUCCUAGAAACGUACUAUGAUGAUCAGCUCAUCAGCUGUGGUAGUGUAACUCGAGGUGUAUGUCAACGUCACAUCAUUCACCCCGACAACCCUGCAGACAUAGAAAGUGAAGUGCACUGCAUGUACUCAAAGCAGAGGGAUGGUGAGUCAGACAGCUGCCCUGACUGUGUUGUAAGCACUUUAGGAACCAAAGUUUUGGUGACCGAAAAGGACAGAUUUGUAAACUUUUUUGUUGGGAAUACUGUCAAGUCUUCAUUUCAACCACAACAUGCACUACAUUCAGUGUCGGUUAGAAGGUUAAAAGAAACCCUGGAUGGUUUUGAGUUUCUCACAGAUCAUUCUUAUAUGGACAUUCUCCCACAGUUCAGGGACUCUUAUCCCAUUAAGUACGUCCAUGCCUUUGAAAAUGACCGCUUUGUCUACUUCCUAACAGUCCAGCGUGAAUCUCUUGACUCCCAGGCUUUUCACACAAGAAUCAUCCGUUUCUGCUCUUUUGAUUCCGAGUUGCGCUCUUACAUGGAGAUGCCUCUUGAGUGCAUUUUCACUGAAAAGCGGAGAAAGAGGUCAAUUCGAAAUGAGAUAUUUAAUGUUCUGCAGGCUGCGUAUGUCAGUAAGCCAGGUGCAGUUCUGGCCCAUGAAAUGGGGCUUAGCGUGAACGAUGACAUUCUGUAUGGUGUGUUUGCACAAAGCAAGCCAGACUCUUCAGAACCAACAAACAGAUCUGCUGUCUGUGCAGUCUCUGUCCGAACGAUCAAUGAAUUCUUCAACAAGAUUGUAGACAAGCAAAACAUGAAAUGUCUUCAGCACUUUUAUGGGAAAGAUAGCAAAUACUGUUUGAAAAGGACAUUUUCAAGAAAUGCCUCGUACUGUGAAGCACAAGAUGAUGAAUAUCGUCUAGAGGUUACGACUCCUUUGCAACGGGUUGACUUGUUUAUGGGGCAAUUCAACAGUGUCCUGCUAACUUCAAUAUCCAUCUUCACCAAAGGGAAUCUUACUGUUGCUAAUCUGGGAACGUCUGAGGGCCGCUUCAUGCAGAUAGUGAUUUCCCGUUCAGAAGCUACUCCACCACAUGUGAAUUUUCCCCUGGACUCCCACCCAGUCUCCCCACAAGUUAUUAUUGGCCAUUCAUUAGUAGCAGAUGGCUAUACUCUGGUUGUCACCGGAAUGAAGAUAACCAAGAUUCCCUUGAAUGGACCAGGCUGUGAUCACUUCAAGUCCUGCAGUCAGUGUCUUUCAGCACCUCCUUUCAUGCAGUGUGGCUGGUGUAGUGAUCGGUGUGUGAGGUCCUGGGAGUGUGAUAAAAGGAUGUGGACCCAGGAGACAUGUUUGCCAAGAGUUUAUGAGAUUGUCCCAAGGAGCGCUCCAUUAGAAGGCGGAACAAGACUUACAGUGUGUGGCUGGGACUUUGGAUUCAGCAAAAAUAAUAGAUUUGACUUAAAAAAUACAGCAGUCCUUAUAGGAGGAAAGCCUUGUACUCUGGAAGUAAAAGUUAGCAACAAAAACAAGCUAGAAUGCACUGUUGCUGCUGCAAAGAACCCCAGUUUUAAUAUAACAAGCAGUGUUUCAAGUGGACAUGGCAUAUCUUCCUUCAACACAUUUUCCUACGUGAAUCCUGUAAUAACAAGUAUCUCUCCCACCUAUGGUCCCAAGUUUGGUGGAACAUUAUUAACAUUAUCAGGGAAAUACUUAAAGAGUGGAAAAUCCAGAGAGAUUUACAUUGGUGGAAAACCAUGCAUCUUAAAAAGUGAAUCUGAUAGCACUGUCGUGUGUUACACACCUGCACAAGGAACUUCAUCAGAAUAUCCUGUUAAAAUGGAGAUUGAUUUAGCUAUUCGAGAAGCUAAGGGUCAUUUUACGUACAAGGAAGACCCUAUUGUUUUUAAAAUUCAUCCAGCUAAAUCUUUUCUUAGCGGUGGGAGCACAAUCACAGUUUAUGGAAUCCACUUGAAUUCAGUGUAUCUUCCUCAGAUGGUGAUCACUGUACCUAAGCUAGGAAAGAACUUCACUGUGACAUGUAACCAUCGUUCUAACACAGAGAUAAUCUGUUGCACAACUCCUUCACUGAAAUCAUUCAGUCUGCAACUACCCUUUGCAACAAAAGUGUUUUUCAUUUUUGAUGGAGUCAGCAAACAAUACUUCGAUUUUGAUUAUGUGAAUAAUCCUGUAUUUAAACCUUUUGAAAAGCCAGUGGUGAUCUCAAGGGGCAAUCAAAAUAUAUUGGAAAUUAAGGGAAAUUACAUUGAUUCAGAAGCUAUUAAAGGCGAAGUGCUAAAAGUUGGAAAUAGAAGUUGUGAGAGCAUCCGCCUACAGUCUGAAUCAGUUUUCUGUAUGGUUCCCAGAGAUCUGCUGAAAUCCCACAGUGAGCUAAAUAUAGAGUGGAAGCAAGAAGUUUUGUCAACGCUUAUUGGGAAAGUGCUGGUUCUGCAAGAUCAGAAUUUCACAGGACUGAUUGCUGGAGUUGUCUCAACAUCAGUGUUAUUUUUAUUGUUGUUGGGGGGUUUUCUAUGGAUGAAGAAGAAAAAACAAAUUAAAGAUCUGGGUAGUGAUUUAGUUCGUUAUGAUGGAAGAGUGCACACUCCUCAUUUGGAUAGGCUUGUGAGCGCAAGGAGCGUAAGUCCAACUACAGAAAUGGUUUCUAGUGACUCUGUAGACUACAGAUCAACGUUUCUAGAAGAUCAGCUCCCAAAUUUGUCUCAGAAUGGCUCAUGCAGACCAGCACAGUAUCCUCACUCAGACCUAGCAUCCUUUCUGUCCGGUGGGGACUCAGAUUUAGCCAGUCCACUGCUGCAAACUAAUGUCCACAUUGACAUCGGUGCCUUAAAUCCAGACCUGGUCAAAGAAGUUCAGCAUGUAGUCAUUGGUGCUGACAGCCUGAUUGUGCAUUUUAGUGAGAUAAUAGGAAGAGGGCAUUUUGGGUGUGUGUACCAUGGGACAUUGUUGGAUAAUGAUGGCAGGAAAAUUCAUUGUGCUGUGAAGUCCUUGAACAGAAUUACAGACCUGGAAGAAGUAGCUCAGUUUCUCAAAGAAGGGAUCAUCAUGAAAGAUUUCACUCAUCUCAAUGUCCUGUCACUACUGGGAAUUUGCUUGCCCAGUGAGGGGUCUCCUUUGGUGGUGCUUCCAUAUAUGAAACAUGGAGAUCUUCGAAACUUCAUUAGGAACGAGACUCAUAACCCAACAGUUAAAGAUUUGAUUGGAUUUGGCCUUCAAGUAGCAAAAGGUAUGAAAUACCUUGCAAGCAAAAAGUUUGUCCAUAGAGAUUUGGCUGCAAGAAAUUGUAUGCUGGAUGAAAAAUUCACUGUCAAGGUUGCUGAUUUUGGUCUUGCUAGAGAUGUCUAUGAUAAAGAAUACUACAGUGUGCACAAUAAAACGGGCGCUAAACUGCCAGUGAAAUGGAUGGCUUUAGAAAGUUUGCAAACUCAGAAGUUCACUACAAAAUCAGAUGUGUGGUCCUUUGGUGUGUUGUUGUGGGAACUUAUGACGAGAGGAGCACCGCCCUACCCUGACGUGAAUUCUUUUGAUAUCACUGUUUACUUAUUACAAGGAAGAAGGCUAUUGCAACCGGAAUACUGCCCUGAUCCACUGUAUGAAGUCAUGCUAAAGUGUUGGCAUCCAAAACCUGAAAUGCGCCCAGCAUUUUCUGAACUGGUUUCAAAUAUAUCAACAAUCUUCUCCACUUUUAUUGGAGAGCAUUAUGUUCAUGUCAAUGCUACAUAUGUCAAUGUGAAAUGCGUUGCUCCCUAUCCUUCUCUUUUGUCAUCACAAGAUAACAUAGACAGGGAUGUGGAUACAUGACCAGGUUUGUCUACCAUACAGUGUCAGAGAGAAAUCCAUUAGUAGUACUAUGAACAAAAGUGUGUUUUGUCCACUACUUUUUCACUGCCCAGUUUUUGUGAAAACACUGUUGCACAUGUUUGAUGUUGUCCAAACUGCACUGUUGAUGAGAUGAUAUGUUGUUUAUAGCUAUGGGAUGCUACACACUACUGUGGUAAAUCCCAAAUAUUUGGGGCAGCUGUAUCUGUUUACCAGACUACAUCUACCACCAUCUAGUGCUAGUACCCACCAGCUCUCAUUCAUUUGUGAAAUGAAUGUGCUCACCAUUUGCAGCCUGGGUUCUGUUGUAGUUUAGAGCAUGUACAACAGAAUGAGAGGUGAGCAGCAGGGAUGUACAGAGACUCACGAUUAAUGCAAAGAAGGGAAAAGCUAGAGUACCAAUCGCUCAAGCUUGAUGUACCAUUCCUGUUGCAUGUACUAUUGUGCAGUGGGCAGUGCAGUAACGGUUUUCACACAAAGACCAGGCCAGAUCAUGAGAAUUCCAAGACUGUACAAUGUCUCCUGUUGUAUAAAGUGGACUCUACCUUUGUUCUUUGUUUGCCCAUUAUAUCAAUAAGGUUCCUUAGAGCCAGUCUCAUGGCAAGUUUCUAAAAUGAUAUUCAACAUUCCAAAAUGCCAUGAAAUAAAAUGAGUGUGUCAGCUUUUGAGGAGCAGUAUAUUUAUAAAAUGUAAGGGAACACACCCAGGAAAAAAGCUAUCUCAAUGUUAAUGUCUCUAUCAUUCCAAAAUUCAGUCGCUCCUUUGAGAAACUGUAUGUACAGAUUUCUUACUGAAAAUUGUGAGGCUUCUCUUCUGUCAAUAAAGUGUUUUAAUUGUUCCAUGAGAGUAAAAAUUUUAAGAGUCCAUAUUAAUCUAGGAUGCAGCAGUUUUGGAAGCACCAUUUGGAGAGACAGUCAAGUAAACAGUGGAGCAGUAACAGUGCGAGGAACCAAGUGACCCUGAGGAGCUGCUGGCUAGUAUGACCACAUGUUUAGUAGCUGCAACUAUGCCAGCCAACCAUGCAAAGGAGCUGCCGCAUAGUGUGUGUAAGGGGUUGAGAAGAGAUGCUGAGCCAGCUGAGGAAAGCCAACUCUGAACCAAAAAGGUUGCAGUGUGGUGGGAUUGCUGCCAACCUUUGCAUGCCAGUAUUGAAGGAUUAAGAAAACUGGACAAAAGAAGAAACAUUUUUUUAGCGCCCAUAGUUGCUCCUUGAGUUAAUCCAGCCCAGUGAGUUAUGAUACAUAGUAUAUUCCUAAAUCAUGACCAGAAGUGAUUUUCAAAAGAGAUACUAAUUAAAGUUUUUGUUAUUUAGGGAAGAGUACUGUAGCUUUAGGGUAAGCAUCAUGUGUCAUUUCUGUUCCUGUGGAAUUCUGUGUGUAUUACUGUAUAGCUUGAUUGGUGUAGGAUAUAACUGGUUGUUAGUGUAAACACUUAAAGUAUUCUAUUUUUAUAAAAAAUGUUUAUUUUUAAUGGCAUAUACCAGGUUUGGUCAGACCACAAAAUACUGCACUGUGAACGUUUCGGAAAAUGUAUGUCAACGUUUGAGUCAUACAUUGUAACGAGGUUAAAAAUGACUGUGUAAAUAUUAAGGAGGAAAAGAACUGAUUGAUACUCCACCCUAACUAUAAUAUAACCAUUGCUGGAAGUCAAACAUGUUAACAUGUGCAAGGUGAGGUAGUGAUUAGAAUGGAGCUGAUUAUGAGGGAGAUUUAUUGUUCUUCAGAAAGAGCGUUACAACUGAAAGGUUUCUAAUGAGGGUGGAGUGUGUGGGCAAACUACGAGCUGAUAAUACUGUAUUGUAUUACACCCCACUUUCAUUUCAGAUGCAAACAUAACUAUAAAUUGCUAAAGGACAAAAGAUUCUACUGCAGGAAAAAAAAUCAUCUCUACAGUCAUUACAAUGGCUAAGAAAGUUUAUGACACAAGGAUUUGGGGAAGAUACUCCAAAGCCGUACAUCCAUGCUCAAGGAAGGCUGCAAUGUGGAAAAAAAAAACAUUUUUACUAUUUAUGAAUUUUGCCUAAUAUAGUUAAUGUUGUGUCUGGGACACCUGUAGGAGUAUGUGAUUCUGGUAAGGAUUUGAUGUUUGUCAAUUCAUGCAUUUGCAAAUGAGCUGAAUGGUACUUAUGGCGAUAGUUGUUGGUGUGACCUAAUAAAAGUUAUUAAAAUGCA